AUGAUAUGGUGUGUGCGAGGAGGAGGAGGGGGAGGAGAUUGCGCUAUAUAUAGCACAAUAUAUAGCAGACGAAGUAUGUAUGGACGGCUUUCGAUAUCUUUUAGAUACCUCCAGCCAGCUUUUUGUGACGAGUUAGUUCGCAGUGUACGGCGUGAUUCUACGUCCUGACCUGUACCUUACUCUUUUCAUUUUUUAUAUUAUGCUCUAAAUUAUCCCAUAGGGUAUCCCAAACCAACCUAUAUAACCAUGUGGCGCGGCGCAAGCUCGCUCCGUAUUAACAUACCACUUUCUUCCCAGCACAUCGCAACUAUACAUAACCUAACCAGAUAA